UUCUAAAUAAAUUAUAACUUUAGUAGUCCGUGAUUAGAGCAUCCAAGAUUUGGUUGUUCUGACUUCAAGCAAAUGCAUAAAUCAGUUAUUUCUACAGUUAUUUCUUCAUGUUUUAAUCCUAUAUUUAUAUUCUUGUUCUAUUAAUUUUCAAUCUUGCUUGAAUUUACAACUUCAUAAUGGCUGAAGGUAAAGCUGACAUUGCCCUUAUCGGCUUAGCUGUUAUGGGUCAGAACCUAAUAUUAAACAUGGAUUCCAAAGGAUUUGUUGUGUGUGCUUACAAUAGGACUGUAGAAAAAGUUGAACAAUUUCUGGUAAAUGAAGCUGCUGGAACAAAAAUAAUUGGUGCUAAGUCCUUAGAAGAUAUGGUUGCAAAACUUAAAAGACCAAGAAAAGUGAUGCUGUUAGUUAAAGCUGGUUUUGCUGUUGAUGAAUUUGUAAAGAAAUUGGUGCCAUUACUUGAAAAAGGAGAUAUCAUUAUUGAUGGAGGAAAUUCACAAUAUACUGAUACUCAGCGGUGGUGCAAGGAAUUGGAAUCUACAGGAAUCUAUUAUAUUGGCAUGGGUGUAAGCGGUGGAGAAGAUGGUGCUCGUUAUGGACCUUCUUUGAUGCCUGGAGGUCACCCAGAGGCGUGGCCACAUGUUAAACCUAUCUUCCAAGCAAUCUGUGCCAAAGCUAACAAUGAGCCCUGCUGUGACUGGGUUGGGAAAAAUGGUGCCGGACAUUUUGUAAAAAUGGUUCAUAAUGGCAUUGAAUAUGGUGACAUGCAGCUUAUUUGCGAGGCAUACAAUGUCAUGAAAGAUAUUUUAGGUAUUGAUCAGAAGGAAAUGGCUGAAGUGUUUGAAGAAUGGAACAAAGGAGAGCUCGACUCGUUCUUGAUAGAAAUCACAAGUGACAUUCUGAAAUACAAAGACGAUGAUGGUACAUACUUAUUGCCGAAGAUUCGUGACACUGCAGGACAAAAGGGAACAGGCAAAUGGACUGGCAUUAGCGCUUUAGAGUAUGGUGUUCCCGUCACACUAAUCGGGGAAGCUGUCUUUGCUAGAUGUCUGUCUGCAUUGAAAGAUGAACGUGUAAAAGCCAGCAAAGUGCUGCCAGGUCCAUCGGGAAAAUUCACUGGCGAUAAGAAAGUAUUCCUCGAACAACUGCGGAAGGCCCUAUUCGCAAGCAAAAUUAUUUCCUACGCCCAAGGCUUCAUGCUGCUUCGGGAAGCUGAAAAGGCUAAUUCAUGGAGUCUCAAUUACGGAAGCAUUGCAUUGAUGUGGCGUGGAGGCUGCAUCAUUAGGAGUGCGUUCCUUGGGAAUAUCAAGGAUGCGUUCACAAAGAACCCACAGCUCACGAAUCUGCUCCUCGACCCAUUCUUCAGCGAGCGUAUCAGCAAUAGCCAGCAAUCUUUGCGUGAAGUUGUAGCGCAAGCGUCGCUUAUGGGCGUUUCAACGCCAGCCUUCUCUGCGGCACUCGCGUUCUAUGACGGGUACCGCUCGGACGUCCUGCCAGCUAAUCUGUUACAGGCGCAAAGGGAUUACUUUGGAGCUCACACCUAUGAACUUCUGAAGAAGCCAGGCGAAUUUGUUCACACCAAUUGGACCGGGCAUGGUGGAAAUGUAUCGGCCUCCACAUAUAAUAAUUAAUUUUUAUAUUUUGUAUUGUAAGUGUACACAGAAUUCCAUAAUUUUCUAUUGUUUUAUAUUAUAUUACAUCAAAGCUUUUAUGAAAAUGGGUCUUAUUUGCUAGUUGAGCAUAAUUCUUGAACGGCAAUGAUUUUUUAACUGUAUAUUCGAAAUUAUACAUUCCUUAGUUGUAGCUUAGGGUAAUAAGUAAAGGUGCUGUGUUUAAAUAUUAAUUGUCAAAACAUAAACAAGGUGUGAAGGGUCCAAAAUUCAGAUCAAUAGAUUUAGCCUGUCCACAGCCCAAACUUGACGAAGUUAAGGAAAAAUUGGCAUAUUUCGAAAGUUUUAAACAUAAGUAAUAUGUUACAUAAAAAUGUAUUUAAUAUUAUGUGAUUGUCUUACAUACAUGUUUAAAUCAUUAUAAACUUGUAAGGUUAUAGGUAAGGUAUAAGGUGCAUGUAAAAUAAUCUUUCUUUUUUUUGAAUUUAUUUCACUCAAGCAUGUUUUUUUCAAGUACAUUUUAUAAAUUUGUUGUGUUGUAGUUCGAUUCCAUAAAUGUGCAUCUGGAAAUGUACCCUAAGUGAGGUAAGAAACACUGUUGGACAUAAUAGGGAUUAGGGUGGUCUAUAUCAACCGAUAGUUGAUCGAUCGGUAUGUUGGCUGGCUUUAUAACUUUUUUCUUUUGCCUUUCACAAUACGUUUUUGUAGCGAUAUAAAAUUGUUUUGUUAAUUUGUAAUUCAUUUUAACUUUUAUUUUGUUUUUCAGUCAAAGGAUUGCUAGAUUGAUAUAAGAUAAAAGUACAACAAUAAUAAAGUAAAACAGAACAUGAUUUUAAACAAAUCUUAAUAAAUCUAGCAAAGCUAUGAUUCUAUAGGUGUGUAAUGAUUAAAACACCAUUUAUAUAUUUUGAAACGGUUGUUUAUAUAAUAAUAAAAAAUAUUUUUAUACCGGA